CCUAAAAAGGGAGUUAUCAUUCUCUCUCAACUUUGAUGGCCAUGGAUAUCCCACAAAAGCUCAACCAAUACAGGCAACAGAUUUGGAGGAAUAUGUCAAUUAACAUCCUUGCUUCCCCAAAUCCCCCUCCUCCUUUGCAGCUGCCAUCUACUACGAGAUACCACUACAGAUGUAUGUUGCUUGCUACUCACCCAUCGUCCAUCCCGGAGCAGAGGAAGGUGAUUCUUUGUAUUUAACAAGAAAAUAGAGAUCUAAGAAGGAUAACAAAAAUCAAGGAACCACAGAAAGAGGAAGGCAACACCAAAUCAAAAAAUUUCUGCUUGCCAGGUAUUUGUUAAUUAUUUGAUCCAUAUUUUUUUUAUUAGAGAUUCAUGUAAUACAAUCUAAAUUAUUGU